GGAGUGUUCCCGGAGCUCGACUCUCUGUAGAGAGGCGACCAGCAGAAGUUGCAACCAUGUCCGCAAGCACGUCAUCCCUGAAGACUAUAAUUUUGCUGAAAGGUUCCACCACCGUAUUACACAUAUGUGCGAAAUCCCGUCAAAUAUGCUGAGAAACUGUUUGAUGCGGUCUCUCUAAAGAGCCAACGAAACGUUGUAAAUCUCUUAGUACAAACACAAAACACGGCAGAGACGAAAAGGGUACCUUUGAACUUGAAGCAAGCCCAUGGUCAACACACGCACUGCACCGCACAAAAAGACCAUCCGUGUGCGCUACUUUUAGAGCGUUAACAAGCAAAGCAAGGCGUAAAUGAGUAAGAAUCGUUCCGUAGAACCCGUAGAACCAGAUCACAACAGCCGCCAUCACAACCCUAAAUAUACAAACACAGUGCUGCUAGACUUCUUUUCUUUGGUUUUGUGAGUUUGUCGGGUGUGUAAAUAAGUAAAGUCUGAUGAGUAAAUUUAUUAAUACUAUACACUACAGAUAUUUUCUUCUUGAUGUGUUCUACUUUUAAGUCACAAAAUAAAAUAUAAUAUAAUUUAUUAACUACAAAAUGCAUACACGGUUGGUUUAGCCUAUUUUAGACCAAUGGCUUAGGUUGGCAACAUACGUUCCCGCCGGUUCAAGUGGUUCAAGUAUGGUUUAAGUUUGGUUUAAGCGGUCUAAGUUUAAGUUUGUAUCGCGGCUCGCACAAUUGUGGCUCGCACGGUUCUGACCUGACAACCGUGGCUCUGAAACAUCGUGAAGACAAGUUCUAGUAGUUACGGUUCGAAGUGCCUAACGGUCAGGCUGCGUAAUCCCACUGUGGCACCGACGCACCUGCGUACCCUGCGUGAAACAUGUUCUCGGUCGCCCAUUUUAUGAAGACUGAUGACGUGGCCGUGGUUCCAACACGCUGGAUUAAGAACGGGACAGCUCCCUGGCCACCGUUUAAAAAUACUGCAAAAGUGAACAGUGCAGUGAGGGACAGAACGGAGCCAGGCAAAGACUGGCCAAAAUUUGCCUGCAGGGUCAUGUCAUAUACAGACAGUUACGAAGUUGCCCGCAAGAGGUCCAUAAAGGCGGAGGAAGAGUCCGACCUUACAUCGGAAGCAGAGACAUCGCAAAAAAGAAUACGGCGACCUCCGACAUUUUUCGAUGACUACCUCACUGACAGCAGCGAUGAGGAGGGAGUAACUGAAGAACCACCUCCAGAAGGUGACAUUGAAUUUCUCGCUGAGCCCCCACCGCCACCACCUCUUCAAAGAAAAAGUGGAGCACAUUGUGGAGGAGCAGGCCAAACUGAUGGUGAUGACUUGGUGUUGCCCAAAGGAAGACCAAAAAGUGCAUCUUCUUUGAACUGCUCUGCUGAACCUUCAAGCAAAGCUUUGGUCACAGUUCUUAGGGAACUUGAGUGUAUUAAGGCACAGUUGACAAGCAUGGCUACAAUGUUGGCCAGAAUACAGAUGCAUGUGAAUGCUGAUGACCCUACUGCCAUGGCUGGUCCAGUCCAUCCAGAAGACCUUCCAGUCUAUCCAGUGAAGACAAGAGAGGAAUUUGCCUUCCUGGAGGCUAGCUUAAAAAAUGAAGCCAUUUUUGCAAAGCUAGUGAAAGAGCUUGGCCAAAUUGGAGGUAGAGAUGUAGCCUCUACAACAAAAACGGUGUUUAAGAAACUUGUCGGAGAUGAAGUUGCCGUCUUCUACAACAGAACCGGGCGAAACGGAAAGCAAGAAGCCGGGAAACUGAAGAUCUUUAGCCUGAUCUAUGCUGCUGUACGUGUAACCCGCAAAACUGCAACAGACGACGAGAUGGGCCGCGCCAUUGGUGAUUGGCUGCGCUUCGCCAACGUCCGGCUCCGUGCUCAAGGUUCAUUUGGCCCCAUCGACAAGCGCUGCACCAACAAGCUCAGCUCCGGGUCGUCACAAGGUGUAUUUUGUCGCGUGUUUCAAUGUUGGUUUGCUUGAGCAGGAGGACUGACAACUACUAGCCAGAAAAGUCGAAAACAUCCCAUCGACAGAAACUGUGGUUUGACUUGGGAAGAUGAAAAUCAGUUUGUUUCAAUUUUUUUUUUUUCUGUCUAGUCCUGUUCUAGACUUUCUUCAGCCUAUUUCAUAUUCUAUUGUCAUAUUUUACUUUUUAAAGUGGCAAUAAGGCUAUUUAAUGUCUCGACUUCUGUUCUAGUCUAGUGACAGGCUUUACUGUGGUUUGACUUGGGAAGAUGAAAGUCUGUUUGUUUUAAUUUUUUUUUUCUGUCUAGUCCUGUUCUAGAGUUUCUUCAGCCUAUUUCAUAUUCUAUUGUCAUAUUUUACUUUUUAAAGCGGCAAUAGGCCUAUUUAAUGUCUCGACUUCUGUUCUAGUCUAGUGACAGGCUUUAGUCAGUCCUUUCCGGCUUUUCUUUAAUACGAUACCGUUUUAGUAAUCAAGUUUUUCUAACUGCUUCUACACAUGGCAAUUGUAUAUAGUGCCAGCUGGACAUAAAAGGAUUAGAGAGAGAUAAGAAAGACACACCGUUGGACUAGCAACUGUUUAAUCAGAUCAUCUUUUUCUUCAUCUACGUUGAGUUUCUCUUCUUUUUUAUCUACACUGCAUUUGAUUUAAUUGAGGAGUUCCUUUUCUUCUAGUCUUAUACUCGAGCGUCUCCUCGUCUUCCAUUUGUCCACCAUGGGUGCGGCCCCUCUAAGAUACUCACCUUCCUUGUGGUGUAGUGCGAUGGAAGGUAUACCCACACACUUGUCCGCUUUUGCGUCAAUAGCAAAGGCCUCCAGGAUUUCUCGAGUGAACUUGUGGCGGUUUCUUGCCAGGAUGUUUAGGCUAGAAAAGUCUGGUACACACAGGCACAUAUGACAAUGGGCAGGUAGGUGCUCUGCACGCUGUGGUGGCCUUCACCGAAGCUGCAUGUUCUCUCGUCUAGUCACUGAUGCACCUUCCCUUCUGUCCAAUGUAACAUUGACUACAUGACAUGGGAUUUGGUGCACAACCUCCUUCUCACAUUUGGUGUACUUGGCAGUUCAUUUUCUCCUUGUUGGCCCUCUUGUUUACAUGAUGAAAAAUUGCACACAAAGAGACAAGGGAAAAACACAGAAGUCAGAGAGGCGCAUACUCGCAACUCUGGUAUAUUAAGUGAAGAAAGAAAAGAUGAAGCACGAUUCAUGACGGGGGACAUCAACACCAGGGGGUAAACAGUUCAGUCAUAGUGAGGUGUUCGCAAAAAGGCAACUUCUUUUUCGCUCAAAGCAACCGACGGCUGACUAACGCAGAGAUCGGUCAGACUCAAGAUGGUGAACGCAUCGAGCACCUCGCGCGUUUGUUUAUCAUUAAAGUGCCCAAUGAUUGAGAUUUUUUUCUAAAGAUGGUGUGCAGAUAGAGGUCUUACAAUGCACCAAAAGGUUGACCUCAUACAGUUUAUGAUCGUGCUCUCGCAGCCAGUCAUUCAAACACUUUCUAGUCUGUCCGACAUAGCAUCUUCCACAGGGAAGAGGAAUGCUGUACACUACGCUCAAUGAACGAGGAGUGAAAGGCUGCACAUGUUUUUUGUGGCGCGUGUCUUUUUCGCUUUGGCGCAAACCUUAGAACAAAUUUGUCACAUCUUUUUAGAGGCUGAUAAUACUACGGGCACACCAUACCUACUUACCACUUGUUUUAGAUUAUGCGAUAUCUUGUGUAGAUACAAUCUAAAACAAGUGGCAAGUAGGUGUGCUGUGCCCACAGUAAUAUCAGCCCCUAAAAAAAUAUGACAAAUUUGUUUAAGGUCUGCGCCAAAGAGAACAAAUUAUAAAAAACACGUGCCACAAAAAACAUGUGCAGCCUUUUUUUUCCUGUUCAUCGAGCGUUGUAUACAGCAUUCCUCUUUC